GUUGGAACUCGGGGCUCGGAAAAGAUAUUUUUCGGCGGAAUUAAAGGAAAAAUCGUUUAAAACUUCUUUUCCCGGACCUGGGCGCGUUGAUUACCAGCGGGGGAAACCACAACAAGUGAUUAAAUAACCGCCCCGUAAGUUGCGAUGAGUGAAAAACCAAAAACAGCGGCGCCCGGCGAUGGAAUUCGUUCGAUGCGAUCCACGAACGUGUUUCGGGCGAUCAAUUUCGAACUUUACGCCAAACCUAACGUAGUAGUCAUGGGAAUCGGAUUGGUCUGUCUCAGCAUCACCUUCGGUUAUAUAGCUUACAUGCGAUCGAAGUACGAAGGACUGGGAUACUAUACGGCCGUGCAGGAAGACGGCAAGGAGGUGUUUGUGAAACGGAAGUCCAAAUGGGAAUAAAUUCUUCCUGUAAA